UCACGCCACCUUCGAUUCCCCCAAAGUUUCAAAACUUUAACGCCACUCCUCAACCAUUUGCAAACACAACACAACACCACAACCGCACAAAAUAAAAAUAUGCUGUUCUUAAGAAACAGAAAAAAUGUUUCCUCCUCCACCUCCCCUGUCAUUUCCGCCACCACAUAUCAGCCGCAGAUGUCCGACGUGUCAACACACUCACGCCGUAAACUGACGACAACAUCGAUCCACAUAAUGGCCUUAGACAGCAUCGUCAACGUGAACUCCCUCUUCACCUUCGCUCUCUUCCUCGGCCUCACCUGGUACCCCACCACCGACCCCAAAUCCGUUCUCAUCGACUCGGCCUCAUGCGCCGCCGGCUCCGCCAUCGCCGAGGACCUCAUAGCCUUCCACGUCUACUCCUUCAGCUCCUUCCUCUUCUCCAGCCUCAUCGCCUUGGCUCUCAAACAAGCCAUCAAGAUCACCACCACACGUAGCAGUGAGAGGAGGACUGGUGCUUUUAGUGGCACCAAUGCCAUGGCCAUGGGGCACCUUAACACAGCCAUUUUGCGGGCCGGGAUGCUCGUCUCGGCAGCCGGGUCUGUUUUCGGAUGCGGGUUUUUGAUGAUGGCAUUGGUGGCUUUGGUUCAGAUCAAGUUAGGGGUAUUGGGUUGUGGGAGUAUGUAUACUUAUGCUGCAAUUGGUCCUCUGGUGAUUCUGGUUCCUGUAGCACUUGUGGUUUAUGUUUUUCUUGUGCUUCACGCCUUUACUCGCUAGGAAAUAGGAAUAUAUCUCUUUUUUCUUUUUCUUUUUUUUUGAGGUGGAAAUCGUAUAUUUUA